AUUAGAGAGCAAAGGAAAGUCAGAAAACCCGAGAAAAUGGGAGACGAGGACGACAAGGUGAAGAGCCAAGGUCUCCAGAUAAUCGCCCAACACCAACACAACUUACCAGCCCUCGUCGUCUUCGACCUCGACUACACUCUCUGGCCUUUCUACUGCGAAUAUGAAGAAGACGACAUGCCGUACCUCUACCCACAAGCCUUGCCCAUUUUACACGCCCUCAAACAAACCGGAAUAUCAAUGGCUGUCGCUUCAAGGUCCCCCACUUCCGACGUCGCCAGAUCGUUCCUUCAGACUCUGGGCAUCAGCUCCUUCUUUCUGACCCAGGAGAUUUUCUCGAGCUGGACUCAUAAAACAGAGCAUUUUCAGAGGAUUCAUGCGACAACUGGGGUGCCCUUUACUUCAAUGCUCUUCUUUGAUGACGAGGAUAGGAAUAUUCAUGCGGUUUCGAAAAUGGGGGUGACGAGCAUUUUGGUUGGUAAUGGGGUGAACCUUGGAGCUUUGAGACAGGGAUUGUCAGAGUUUUCGAGGAAGUCAGCUUCGUCUAGCAGGAGGGUUUAGCGAUAGUUUUCUCUCCAAUGCAGAACUGUAAUGCGUUUCAUGCUUUCAUUUCAUAGCUUUGAAAGUAGAGUUCACAUCAAUUCAUACCAUGAGAUUUACUGAGGUUGUGUAAGCAUGUCAUUUACAUAUUUCCUAUACAUUCUGGUAAUCAUUGGCUAUAUUGUAUCGAAUCUUGAACACUCUUUGUAAGUUUUCGUCUGUGUGCACUGUGUUAUGUACCGGAAAAUUAUGCUGCA